AGGUGUUCAGUGUCAGUGGACAGAGGAGGAUCUCUGCAGCAGGUACUGACAGAGAAAGUGUAUUUAGUGCAGGCAACAGAAAUCUGCUAUGGUCUCGAUUUGUGUACUUGUUGUUGUCUCUCACUAUGACACAUUUUUACCAGAACAGUGUGACAAACAAAUCAGUAAUAAACCAUCAGCGUAUCUAAUGAUCCUGCAGUGUUAAAACUAGUUGCUGACCAUCAAGCAAGCAGUGGAAAUAUCAAGACACACAAUCCAGGAAUAGCUGCACGCUUCCAGCUGCCACCUUUGUGUAAAAAUCUGUCCUGGACACAUGAGCAGUCGUGUAGGGAGAUGAGGUCUGCAGCCUCUCCCAUACAGAGGGAAGAGAUAGCUGGGAUCUACAAGGACAUUCCAGGAUGUUUAGUCCUUCUUGCAGAAGUUCGAGUCCAUUCUCUCUGACAGACCUCGACAUGUGGGACACCAAAUCUCGCUUCACAUCCCAGACAUCAGCAUGGUGUGGUAUGGCAACUGUGUCUGGAUCAGGGUUUAUGUCCAAAGUGAACACAAGUGGCACUGGUGGCUUCAGAUCGAAUGAGCCAGGUCUGCGGAGGUGGCAGUCAUUGUCCCAUCUGGCUCCUGAGAGUCCACGAUCCUUUCCUCCACCAGGGGCUGAACUAAGAGCUGCCCGAGGUGAAAGCAGCUUUAGACAGGCUGAAGCGGUGCAAUGGCUGCAAGGUGCUCAUGAGCGAAUAGACGCUCAUCUAGACAGGCUGAAGACCAGAGACACACAGCUGAGCUACAGCAUCAGUUCUGCACAGCUGCUUGGCAUGAAACACAAGCAGCUAUCAGAGGUGAUGAGCGCUCUUGAGCAGGAGAAGGAGGCAGCUGAAUUACCCCGCUUUGAAAAGAGCCAACAGUAUGGAGGGCUCCGUGAAAAGGUCCUAAAGCUGGAGAAGGACCUGCUUCUAAUGAGGUCUAGUUUGAACAACAACCAGCCAACUGAACAAGCUCCUGGCUCCAGCAGAGGAUUACCAGUGGGUCAAGACUCUGACAGGCAGACAGUUGAUCCAGAACUUUACAAGCUGAGAGAAGCUCUGAGAGAGGCUGAGACAAGAGCAAAGGCACAAGAAGAAGAGAGAAAUCAGGCACUCCAACGUCUCCAGACUUCUACAGAGACACAGAAGACACUGCUUCAUCAAAUAGAGGAGAUGAACAAGAAGCUUAGCCAGAAUGUACAGAAUCACUCUGAAGUGCAAGAACAGCUGAGUGAAGCCAACAACAAGAUCAGCCAAGCCUGUCUGGAAAAAGCCAUCUUAUCAACUCAAGUGUUAAAGCUGGAGGACAGCAUAAAGGAACUGAAGGCCAAACUGACAGCAGCUCUGUCUGACAAAGAUCACCUGAUCCAGGAGAAAGCAGAUCUUCUCCAGAAGGCUCAGCUGCUGGAGAUGCAGCUGAAGAGCAUCCAACACGGUUCUGAAGGCUGUUCGCUUCAUGACCGUCUGACUAAUACAGAGCCUCACAACAAUAAACAGGACCAAAGCUGUGUCCUGAUGAACAAAGAGUCAAAAGCUCUCAGAGAGGUUAAUGAGAAGCUGAGAGGAGAACUUGAAAUGAUCAAGCAGAUGCUGGAGGUAUCAAAGUAUGAGCUACAGGAGCUGACAGAAGAGACAAUCCUGAACAACAAACAGAUCACAAAUCUGGAGGCAGAAGAGGAGCGAACAAAGAUGAAGGAGAAAUGCUGCCAGAGCAGAGUGUUGGAAUUAGAAAACCAGAAACUGCAGGAUCAGUGCCUGCGGUUGGAGGCUGAGGUGCUUGAGAAGGAGAAGAUGCUUCACCUGCAGGAUGAAGAGUAUCAAAAACAAGAUGUAGUGAGAGUCCAGAGCAUCGAGGAGCUGAAAGCCAUGACGUCACACUGGACUGAAAAAUGGCAAAAGGCAGCUUUGACCCUGCAGUCCACACAAGAGGAGUUACAGGAGUUAAAGAAGAGCAGCUCCAGAAAUGAAAAGGAAUGUGACUCACUGCUGAUGGAAGAGCUUGAUGCCUGUAAACAGGAGCUGCAGCUGGAAAGAAGCAGGAUCCAGGCACCGCUACAUAAACAUGAGGACAAAGGUGGUGAAGCUGUGCAGACUCAGGAUAAACAGACAUGGACAGACUUAUCAGAAUCCUCUUUGUCGUGGGAGUCACCAUGGGACACCCAGAUGUGCCAGAACACAUCCCCUCAGGCAUGUAUACAAAACAGAGAGGUUCAAAGGCUGAAGCAAAAACUUGCAGACAGAGAGAAGGACCUCAGCGAAAAAGAGCAUGCUUUAAAGACUCUAGAGAGGCUGAGAGAGAUGGAAAAAACUGAGGCUCAUAUCAAGAUUUCUGCUCUGGAACACAAGCUGAUGAAAAAUAUGUCUGAAGAUGGUCAAGAUGAUGUGAGCCUCCAAGCUGACGUCUCGAACACUGACUCUCUAUGUGUCCAGCCAGCUGAGAGCAGGAGGACAGAGAAGCAGCUGCAGCAGGAGGAAUCGCUGGCAGUCCAGAAGAUUCAAACUCUCAGGCAGCUUUACCCGGUUAAAGAUGAGAAACCAUCUGUUGAAGGCAGGAAGGAUAAAGCUGUCUGUCUGGUUAAUCUAGAGGCGGACCAGCAAAGGAGAAUGGUCACUGAGCAGUUAAAGACCUUGUUUCAGGAGCGAGAAGGAAAGGAGGGAGGAAAAGUUGGCAACACAUCAGCAGCAGCUCAGACUGGAGCCUCCUCACCUCAAGACAGAGCUUCAACUUCUAAGGUUGUUAGGCCUGCAGCGAACAGGAGAACCUGGCAGCAGUGCUCAGGUUUGAUGCCCGUGUUCGAGGAGGAUGAAGAGAGCAGUGACUGUGCAGGAGACGAGGAGGCAGCAGAAGAAGCUGAUGCAGAGGAAAGCCUCCCCAGCCAGAAACACCAGAUGUCAGCUAUGACUGCAGAAAUCAGCAAUCUGAAGGAAAAAAAAGACAGUCUUCUGCAAGCUUUAAGGUUCAAGCAGCCAAUCCAGAAGACUGCAGAAAAAGCACCAGACCAGUCUUCUUGCUAUUCAGAUGAGUGUGACCUGCAGUGGAGGCAGAUGCCUCCCCUCUAUCCUGAUGGACUAUUCCUGGCUGAGGUUGUUGAUAUCUGCAGCCCCGAUGAAGAUGAAGAGGAGGUCAGGGUGUUAAAUAAUGAGUUGCGUGAAGACUCUUCAGCUGGAUAUAAAUAAAUCUUUACACAAACUGGUCAUUACAGAGAGCUGCACCUGCCAGAUGUGUGACUGUUAGUUUAUAACAUGCUUUUUCACUCAAAUUAAUCACAAUGACUAAUUUACUUGCAUAUGCUUUUGAACCUUGAAAAAAAAAAGCCUGUGAUGUUUUGGAAGUCAAUC